AUGGAGCACCCUGAGCUAGUUCAAGUUGCUACGCUUGCCGUGGCGACUUUGGUCUUCUACUUUUUCCUCAGGAAGAUAUUCGUUCGCGUCCCAUCCACCUUAACUACGCGAACCCCAGAGAACCCAACUGGCAUACCAUUAAUUUCCCCACAUCCGCGCAAUGUCAGCGUGCACAAAUUCGACCCGAAUCUAAUUGCAGCAGAAACAGACAUCGACAUUAUCGCGAUCCAUGGCCUCGACACAAAAUCUCCUGAUACGUGGACCUGGAGAGAUCCAAAACACCCGACUAACCCUGGAGUGAACUGGCUUGCUGACAAAGAUAUGCUUCCGGAAGCACUUGGCAAAGCCUGUAUUUUCCAUUGCGAUUGGCCUGCGGAUCUCUUUGAAUCUACGGAAUUUGCACCGAAACACAUUGAAGAGCUAGCAAGACUCCUUCUUGCUGGCCUCCAAAGGCGGCAUUCCAGCUCAGCGUCCAAUGCAAAGCUAGAAGAUCGCCCUGUUGUUUUUAUCGCAUCCUGUCUAGGGGGUAUUAUUUUGAUGAAAGCUCUCACAAUGGCUGAGAAAGAGUUUAAAUCUGUCCAAAAGGCGACAAAAGGUGUUGUUUUCCUCGCUACUCCGUUCUCCGGUACCUCGUUUGCAGGUAUUGCCAGUUGGGCCGGGUUAUGCUUAGAGGCUUUAGGACUUGUUAAGCGCCAACGGGUUUCCCAGCUUCUCUCAAACCUGAAGGGGCCGACCUUUGCACUCGGCGAGCUGGUAACCAGUUUCACAAGCCUUUCCGAGGUCCUUGGAAUUAAGGGUCAAGUUUUUACAUUUUAUGAAAGCGGCAAAACGGACCUAUUACGCGGAAAAGUUUCAUGGAUUCCAAGGUUUUUGAGCAAUCCUCAAGUGCUUGUUAAUCGCAGUUCGGGAACCCUCCAGUUCGUGCAGAACCCUCUGCCACUUGAUCGGCGCCACCUUCUGAUGAACAAGUUCAGCGGUCCAGACGACCCUGGCUACAUAUUAGUCCACCAAAAAAUCCGCGAAAUCGUCCGUUCAAUACAGCAAGGGACUCCAAUCCAACAAGCGGAUGCCGCAAUCAGACGUUGGUACUCUAAAGAAAGGCUUCGGAUCGAGAGGCUUUCUGGGGGCUUGCUGCCAAUGGAGCAAUGUUACAUCAAUUUAGCGAUUGUAAAGCAAUCGAGUGACCAUGCAAACCGUCCAUCAGAAGCAACCGCAGAAGCACCGUCUCCGUUUUCGUUAAACUCUCGAUUGAACAUUACACAACCUGUGGAAACGCUGCAGGUUACGCUUCCGGAACUGUUCGACCCACGACCUACUGGUGACAAGGAAAAGAAACCCCCCCGCAGAAUUUUGAUCCGGGGCCGCGCUGGGAUGGGGAAAACCACACUGUGCAAAAAAAUCGUUCACGAUUUUACACAUCACCAGGAUUCUCCGCACGGUCGCAUGUGGAGCAAUAUGUUCGACCGCGUGCUUUGGGUACCUCUUCGAAAUCUCAAGCAAAGUGAUCGAUGUCAGAUUGCGGGGUAUAGUUUUCAACACCUUUAUACACAUGAAUACUUCUCUGAAAGCCCUGAUUUAUCACAUGCAUUGGUGGACGAACUGGACAAAACAGAAUGUGCCAAAACAUUAUUCCUUCUCGACGGUUGGGAUGAAGUGGCGACUGAUCUGAAGGGCGAUAUGUCGAAAUUCAUCUUGCAACUGCUUAAUCAGCAAAACAUCAUUCUCACUUCCCGGCCGCACGCUAGACUGCCAAGUGCAAUACAUCGUUUGGACCUAGAGCUUGAAACGAUUGGAUUUUAUCCAGAGCAGGUUGGAAGUUAUCUUCGGGCCUCCGGCUUAGACUCGGGCUCAAUCGCCGACAUCCAAUCCUUCCUCCAAAGACACCAAUUGAUGCAAGGUCUUGUACGCAUCCCGAUUCAACUCGACGCACUUUGUUAUAUAUGGAACAAUGGCGAUGCCAAAACUCACGUCACAGAAGCGCUACAAACCAUGACGGCUGUUUAUACAGCCAUUUGGGAGAGCCUUUUGAGGAAAGACGUUGUGAACGUCGGCAAAUUUGACAAGAACGAAGCUGAAGAAACCGAUGCGUACGUGAUCCGCCGCGAAAUGGAAGACACACUUCAAUUUCUCGAGGCGCUGGCCUUCGCCGGAAUGUAUUCAGAUCAGAUUGAAUUUGGGCCACGUGACCGAGAAAUUAUUUGCGAAUAUUUCAGAAACAAAGUACCUUUGGAAGCGAAAGAACUUGCAAAAGUUGCAAAACUAUCCUUUUUGCGCCCAUCGGAUCCAUCCUUGAAACCUCCGGAGCAGCACUAUCAUUUCAUUCACCUGACUUUCCAGGAGUAUUUUGCAGCACGAUACUUUGCCAGGCAGUGGAAACAAGGACAGCAGCUUGAAUGCGUCGCACUCAAGACUAAAAAAUGCGUCAAUACCAAACCUGUCAACUUCUUCCAGAAACACAAAUACGACAUGCGUUAUAAUAUCGUGUGGCGAUUUGUCACUGGAUUGCUGAAUGACAUUGAUGGAGGUGAGCUAGUUCGUUUUUUCGAAGCAAUCGAGCAAAGGCCGCGUGAUCUGCUUGGCCCAGCACACCAACGCUUGCUUAUGCACACAUUGAACGAGGCUCCUCACAAAAGGCUUGAGCUGUAUCGAGAUAAUCUUGAGGAGGAACUAACCAAAUUGCUAUUGGUUGAAUACAAACACCGUAGCUACUCUUUACUGGCUAGAGAGCCGGAGUUUCCAAUUCGAAUAUUGGAGAAAUUCGUUAUUCAGAACAAAGGACCGCCCGGUUUGGAUGUUGCCAUAUUGAAAUGCUUAAGAUACCGGUAUUCACGGCUAUCGGAUGCAAUGUUGGAAUCCAUAGCGGCACGGUUUAAAGACGAGGACUGGCAUGUGCGAACGGCGGCCGUUAAUGUUUUGGGGAAACAAGCAACGCUGUCGGAUGCAAUGUUGGAAUCCAUAGCGGCACGGCUUGAACACGAGAACUCGGAUGUGCGAGAGGCGGCCGUUGAUGUUUUGGGGAAACAAGCAACGCUGUCGGAUGCAAUAUUGGAAUCCAUAGCGGCACGGUUUAAAGACGAGGACUGGCCUGUGCGAGAGGCGGCCGUUGAUGUUUUGGGGAAACAAGCAACGCUGUCGGAUGCAAUGUUGGAAUUCAUAGCGGCACGGCUUGAACACGAGAACUCGGAUGUGCGAGAGGCGGCCGUUAAUGUUUUGGGGAAACAAGCAACGCUGUCGGAUGCAAUAUUGGAAUCCAUAGCGGCACGGCUUGAAGACGAGAACUCGGAUGUGCGAAAGGCGGCUGUUAAUGUUUUGACUAACCGGUCAUUUUUGUGCGACGCAGUUACUAAUCGGUACAAUGGUCCAUUCCAAAAUGAACUGCGACUGAGAAGUUUUGAUGAGCAUAUAGUUUGGCUCGAUACUAAUGGCUACGCCCACCUAAUAGUCGGGUUUAAGGUCAUUGGUACUUAG